AUGGCUUUUCAAAUUGGAAAAACGGAGAGAUUACAAACUCAUGUUGGGAUUCAUGAUAGUGCUCAUAAUCAAGUUUGGAGAAAAUGUAAAGCACUUAUGAAGCCAAAACAACACAUUAGUGCUGCUAUUGAAAAACAAUCUGAGCAAGCUAAAAAGAAUUAUCAAAUUCACUUGACAGCCACAAUUGAUUGUAUUAGAUUUCUUUUGCAACAAGGAUUGGCCUUUCUUGGUAAUGAUGAGACAAAUGAUUCUGUUAAUCAAGAAAAUUUUUUGGAACUUCUAAACUUUCUCGCGCAACAUAAUGAAGAGAUUGAUCGUGCUUUCAAAAAUUCUCGUGGGAAUCUUAAACUAAGAGCUCCCUCAAUUCAAAAAGAUAUUGUAAGAGUUGUUGCAAGUGAAACGACAAAAGUUAUUGUCAAUGAUCUUGGGGAUGAAUUGUUUGCUGUUUUGGUUAAUGAAACCCGUGACAUUUCUAUUAAGGAGCAAAUGUCAGUUUGUUUAAGGUAUGUGAAUAAAGAAGGGCAAGUUAUGGAGUAUUUUUUUGAUCUUGUUCAUGUUUCUAAUACUAAUGCUUUAUCUCUAAAAUUAGCAUUGGAGUCAUUAUUAGAAACAUAUAAUUUAAGUUUAUCAAGAGUACAUGGUCAAGGAUACGAUAAUGCAACUUCGUGUAAACGAAGAGAUAUGCUUCGUGAUAGUCAGAUGACUAAGACAGUUGAAGCAUUACAAAGUGAAAAAAUUUCUAAUGGAUGUGGUUUGAAUCAAGAAAUAGCUUUGAAAAAAGCUAGAGACACUAGAUGGGGUGCACACUAUGAAACUAUACUUAGAUUAAUUUCUUUGUUUCUUUCUGUGGUCAAUGUUCUUGAAUAUGUUGAGGAAGAUGGAAAUAAUUCAGAACAAAGAGCUGAAGCAUGUCAUUCAAUCCUUUGA